AUUUAUUCCAUUUCGUUCCUGGGGGGGUGGGGGAUGAGGAAAGCUCUUGUGUGACGUUUCUCUACUGGAUGCAUGAAAACAAUUGUGGUCACUAGUCAAUUGCUCUUUUGUCGUCUUUCUUUUCGUGCCACCAGCCAUUUGGCGAUACGACAAGCCAACACUCGCCGGUGUAGCACAUAUGCUACAAUGACGAGACAAUCAUAUAUGACAGCGAGCAUUCUAACAAGUGCACACAUACACUGGUUCACUGGCUACGCUACUGUAUCAUACGUAGUUUCGAUCAAAAAGCAUGGCUUAUCGCUGUUAUCAUUCACUCUACAAUGGGAUAUUAAGUGUCUGAGCCUUUACUCGGCAAAGCAAAUUGCCACCACUUUGGAGAAAAAGAAACGGAAUCGUUGCAGAAUAUCUUAAAAAAUUCCGGUUAAUCACUCUUUACGAUGAUUUUCACCUUGAAAAAAAGAACUCAUUGGUGCAAUUUACUCUUUGUAUAGCUGCUCAAAGACGUGGUCGAAACGGAUAUGGCGGCAGACGACGACAGCAGCAGCAA